AUGGAAUCUUCAGAGUCUAAACCUCCUACCUCACCAAACACUGCAACUUCACCUGUACCCCCAAAAUCUCCAUCCAAAAUUCCGAGAAGGAUCAGCACUAAAAGGAUUCCUCUUCCUGAACUAAAAUCUGCCCUGGAAAGGGCGGUUAAGGCGAGAGGCAAUACAUACUCCCAAAUCACAGCCUUCGUUUGUUAUUGGGAUGAUGAUAACACCCGUGCUGCUGAAGAUGGAGAAACCUUUUCCCAUAUGAUGGCCGACAUUUUCGGAGUUGCCACCCAAACAUAUAUCAUGAACCACGAAAACCCUACCCCAGGCUGGGAUUUGGGAGAUCGCCUGCACCAAGAAGUUGUAUCCAAACACCGCAUUCACAGACCAACACUCUUCAUUUUUUUUUACGCUGGUCACGGCACGAUCAAUCAGAACAACCAACUUUCUUUUACCGCGACCAAGAAGAAAAAAUCUAUUCCAUGGCGCAGCAUCGAAAGUGAACUGAUUUACCACCCUUAUACUAUGAAUACCUUGUGUAUCCUAGACUGUUGUUACUCCGGUACUGCUACCGUGAAUAACCCGAUGACAACGCAUGUCUUAGCGGCUUGUAGUUCUUCAGCGUCUGCGAGAUCCCGGGUAAAUGGAAUAUCCUUCACGCAGCGUCUUGUGCAAGCUAUGCGAAAGCUUUCUCACUCUGGCAAGAUAUCUGUCUCGACAGAUGAAAUUUUCGAUGCGGUACAGAAUGACACUCCUCGUGGCUGCUACAUGCCAGGAUUUUGGAGUCAUAGUGGGGAGAAUCCUAUUGUCUUACCAUUCCACGUUACGUCUACUUCAACUCCUCCUUCAUCAGGAAUUUUGUCAUCUGGUCGUGUGUCAAGUUCAAGCCUGGGCAAUGCUUUACAUUCCCGCCCACCGUCACAACUUCCCUCCAACCACGAAAAUCACGUCCUUAUUCUACUCGUUCUUGAAGGAAACCCGAAGCUGGUUGUCAAAGACUUCGAGAAAGUUGUUGAAAAUCUGCCGGCCAAGUUCAAAGUCAAAAUCACAGAUGCCUAUGAGGCCAAUGCAUCUGUGGGAAUCUUUCUGCGUAUGUCUUGGGAGGCAUAUGCACGGUUCUCGUCAAGCGUAGAACUAGACGCAAUCCUUCCUGUCAUCGGACCAUCACUGAUUCGCACAAAUGAGCUCCGCAAGGUUUCGGUCCCAGCUGGCCGAGAGAACAUUCCAUUCAGAGAUCGGUCCCGAGACAAGACAUAA